AUGCUGCUGGGUUGCAUGGGCUUCAUGAUGGCCACCUUCUAUUUGGUAAAUUGGCCAGAUGAUGAUAUCCAGCAGAUCACCUGGGAGAUCAUAAGCUCCACAACCAGCAUUUUCGGAGCUUUGCUGAUGUUUCAGGGCUGCAAUCGCGUGGUUCACUACUACUUCCUCGAUCACGUCUCAAGCUGGCAUCAGCUGGUUGUGAACAUGCUGCACAUGAUGCUGUGGUUUUGUGUUCUUCAGCUCGUCUUGGCAUACUAUUCUGGAGCAGUGGGACAGCAGGAGGCUCCCGCCGCCAGGCGUGCAGCCUUGUCCCGAGCAAGCUGCGACAUCCCAAUGCACUCGGUGCACUUGGAGUGCGCGGAGAAGCAUUUGCAUCAGAUCCGGUUGAACACUCAUGCCUGGGCUGUUCUCCUGGGGCACAUCACUGGUUUUGCGGCCGUGAACGCCUGGAGCAGCGUGCAGCAAGCGAUGCCAAGGGCAUUUUGUCCUGCAGUUCCUGUGGCUGCCUACCUCGGGAUUUCUUAUAUCUACAGAACCACUGCACGCUGGCGCUAUGAGAGGACCAUGGCAGACGGCGAGGAGGACGAGUACGAAGAGAUCUGGGGGGAAUGCGUUGCAGAGACGGAAGAUGAAGUCAUCUCCUUGUCUGUGUCAUUCCUGAUUGCACAGGUGUUGCGUCUGUGCAUCACGGGCGAGCUGCCUGGCCUAUCAGGCGAGGAUCCGGAAGGCACAUGGCAUUCGACCGCGAACUGCGUUCUGCUGCUCUCAGUGGGCCUCGUCCUGGGCGUUAGCGAGCUGGCAAGACUGGCUUAUGCCAGGUCUCAUGGCAAAGCUGCGCCAAGCAGUCAUGAG